ACACUGUCUGUUUCACACUCACCUCCCAACACAUACUUGUGUUGUUAUUACUUCUUGGUACUUCCUUCAAUGCACAUAUAUUCUGUGUAAUUUUAUUCUUUCAAGGUGCUGAUGUUUUAGUUUUUUGAUUGGUCAUAAUUUUAUUUCUCUCUAAUGCUUAAAUUUAAUUCUUUUGAGUAGUGAAUUCUAAAAUGCCUAACUUGUCUUGGCUGCAGUAAUUAUCCCUAUUAGUAACUUUUUCGAAAAUAUAUAUUAUAUCUAGGUUUUCUGUUUCUGCUGGUGGCACACAUCCGCACAUUACCAUUGGUGCACAUAACCAAAUUCCAUCUGCACAUGGAUGGAAAAACUUAGAGGGAAUAUUGACCAGGAGCGAAAGAAUCUAUGUGGAAGGAUGUUCCCUGCUGCAUUUUUGCUCCUAUUUGAGCUUUCUUUGUUUCCCUUCCUGCUUGAUGACUCUAUUUACUGCUUAAAUGCAAAUUAAGCAGAGCACAUGUUCCUGUGUUUGAGACAGACCUGUUUCACAACCUCAGUUUGGGCAGGGCUGUGGGUUUGGAACAUGUGUUGUUAACACCACACAGUGGAAUCUAGUAACUUCACAUACAAAUGUGGCCACACACUUUUUAUCAAUACUGACCAGCAAAUUACAAGUUUUCAAAUGAUACCCUACCAGGCAUACUUUGUACCAAGUUUAUUACAAUAGUAUGUAGGGUAUGAAUACAGAGGUAUGUUCUGUCACACCUUUACAUUGGCUAGAAGCAUCAGUGAACCUCAUGCUCUCAUGGCUUAUCCUCCUCAUGCAGCCUGUCACAAGGAGCAGGUGAAGCCGAGACCUCAUCCGAAGUUUAUCCCCAAUGUAGUCUCAAAAUUUCAUCUGAACUAGUCUGUUGGCUUAUGUGUGUCCUCUCCCAAGCCCACUCUCUGGAUACUUCAGGGGACUUAUAGCACAAUGCUGACAGAACAAAACCAUCCAUCUCCUUGUCUCUUCAUAGCCAUCUCUGGUGCUUUGAGAGGGCAGGCUCUUUUGCCCCAGAGGAUAGCCGCAUAGAUCAUGCAGUGCAUCUUGAUGUAUUGCCAGAUGGCUGAUGGGCCUCUCCCUCAGGCCAUUGAGGCUCACUCUGCUGCAGCACAAUCCACAUCAUCUGCUUGUAUCUGAAAUCUGCAAAGCACUGUGCUCUUGACCUAGCUGUAGGUCAGAUGCCAAGGACUGGAGAACAGUGCUACAAUCUCAGUUCAGCUAGAUCAGCUGCCUUCCAGAUGGAACAUUGCUUGCCAGCCACUUACAGCAGGAUCCACACUGGUGUGUAUUUGAAGCCGUGAGAACGGUCACUUACCCUAUGGUAACUGGUUCUCUGGGAUGUUAUCAGUGUGGAUCACGUGAUCUACCCUCCAUCCCUGCUUGUUUGGAGCCCUCCACCUACAGGAUUCUGAAUUAGGGAACUAAGGGAUGGUUGUUGCCUUUCCAUGCUUUAUGGAGCUCUCAAAUUGGAGCGCAAGGAAGUGCAUGGUGCAUGGAUGGCCCUGAUGGACACGGUUUUCAAGUCUCUUCUCCUGCACACCUGCACUAGAACCCACAUUGACAACAGCAUCUCAAAGAUCCGCAGUUACGGUAAGGUAAGGAAUGGUCCUUUGCAUGGAGGGGGCCAUUAGUGCCACGAUUUGAGAAUAUUUUUUUAAAGCCUUCAAAUGAGGAGGCAGAGAGUAGGAGCCCCGACAGCUGCUCCCCAGGCCCCUUCCUAGUGUUGUUUUCUGUCUUUGUACUAUCCCCUCCCUGUACUCUCUUUCAUCCAAGGAAGCAUUGAGAGAUUCACUGCUUUGGUUUAAACUCUUAUGAUUAAUGAUUUAUUGGUUACAAACCUUUCCCAAAUGUGUGUGUCUCCAAAGCCCAGGGAAUGACUUGUGUCUGGAUUCUGUUUUUCUUGCAGAUAAGAAUGGGAUGGGGGCUGACAGUGAGGAGGCCGGGCUAGCUCAGAACGCUCCUAAGACAGUGGAUUCUCUCAUGGCAUUAACAGAAAGGUUCAGAGAGAGUGAUUCCCAGGGUCCUGGCAAAGAGGAUUCCUCUGGGAGUCCGAGCGGGACACAGUGGCAGCAGCAGGGGGACACUGUAGGGAAGAGACAGAGUAAAUCUGACUGGGGCCAGCCAAAGAGCCAACCAAGAGAGAAGCCCCAUCAGUGCCCUCAAUGUGGGAAAAGAUUUGGACACAGUUCACACCUUAUUACCCACUGGAGAGUCCAUACAGGAGAGACGCCCCAUCAGUGUGCUGAAUGUGGGAAGAGGUUCAAGCACCGGUCCUCCCUCAAUACGCACCAGAGAGUGCACACAGGAGAGAGGCCCCACCAGUGUCUUGAGUGCGGGAAGGGCUUCCGGCACAGCUCCCACCUGAUCACGCACCGGAGAGUCCACACAGGAGAGAAGCCCCAUCAAUGUGCUGAGUGUGGAAGGAGAUUCCGACACAGCUCUUCCCUUAACACGCACCGGAGAGUGCACAUGGGAGAGAAACCCCAUCAGUGUACUGAGUGCGGGAGGAGAUUCCGGCAGAGCUCGCACCUGAUCACCCACCAGCGGGUCCACACUGGAGAGAGACCCUACCAGUGCGCUGAAUGUGGGAAAACCUUUGCUGGCCACUCCGCGUUUGCCACCCACCAGUGGAUCCACACUGGAGAGAAGUCCCACGCGUGCGCUGAGUGUGGGAAGAGGUUCCGGCACAGCUCCUCCCUCCAUGCCCAUCGCAGAGUGCACACUGGAGAGAAACCCCAUCAAUGCACUGAGUGCGGGAGGCGAUUCCGGCAGAACUCACACCUGAUCGCGCACCGGAGGGUCCACAUGGGGGAGAGCCCCUUCCGCUGCCCUGGGUGUGGGAAAAGGUUCAGCCAUGGCACAGACCUCAUUCGACACUGCAGGAAGGUGCCGCUGACGUUUGCAGAUGUAGCUGUGCAUUUCACAGCGGCAGAGUGGGCCCUUCUGGGUGAGAGGCAGCGGGAGCUCUACCGAGACACGAUGAUGGAGAACUAUGGGAACGUGGCCUCUCUGGGGAUUCCCGUUCACAAGCCUGACAUCAUCUCCUGCCUGGAGCGGGGGGAGGAGCCCUUUGUCCCAGCUGCCCAGGGCCUUGAGGAACCAGAGAUCCUGAGAGGCAUCUACACAGGGGACGGCUCAUACCCAGAUGGCUUCUUUAUCCCAGAUAAUGACAGGAUUGUGUCUCCGACUCGAGAGUCCUCACCUGGGAAUCCCGACUGGAGAGCGAGCCAAGCAGUGGGCACCCUUUGGAGCUGCACAGAGACAAACCCGCUCCGUGCACUGACUGUAGGGGGUGUCACAGCUGGUGUUGCAUCAGAGACACCCCGCCGGAUAGAAACCAGCAGGGCUGCGUCCCCCGGGCCCAGGGGGCCCCAUCCCACCAGACACAUUCUGCAUCACACACCAUUGGAGGCAUGUGGGGUCAGCCGUGAGUUGUGGUCUCAGGGGAAGGGAGCACAUUCCUGGGGUGAUUAAUUGCUUGGGAAUCAAGUAAUGGGGGGGCAUUGGGGUAGAAACCAGAAGGGAAGGAUUCCUGGCUGUAUCACUGGCCUGCUGGGUGACCUUGGGCAAGUCACUGCCCUGCUCUCUGCCUCAGUUUCCCUGUCAGUAAAAUGGGGAUAAUGUUACUGACCUUUGUCAAACACUUUGGCGUCUAGUGAAAAAAAAAACACUAGACAAGAGCUGGGUUUUAUUAUUUUAUUUUAUUUUAUUUUAUUUUAUUUUAUUUUAUUAUUAAGGAGCAUCUUGGGCUUAUUGAUCAUUGCUUAGGUGCCAGUGAUCAUGACUUGAUUACAUUUGUCAUGUGCAAACAGAAUAAUGUCCAAACCAGUAUAAUUAUAUCUACACUUGUACUUUAAAAGGGCCAGUUUCACAAAGCUGAAAAAAGUGAUGAGUCAAAUGAGCUGGGAGAAAGCAUUUAAUCAGAAAAUUGUGAAUGCUGUUUUGGAGUUGUAUAAAAACAUUGUACUAGAUGCCUAAAAAGCCCAAAUUCCCCAAGCAAGAAAUAAAGGCUAUUCAUGUGGAAAAAAAACAACAACCUGGCUUAGAGACAUGAAAGCAGCUAUAAAAAAAAUACAAUAUGUAACAUCUGGGGGAAAAUGUAGAAAAUUGCUAAGGGAAGUGAAAGGACACAAGGAGAUUAUCUAAGGCCAGCCGAGUUAAGGACAAUAAAAACUCAUUUUAAGAAUAUUCAGAACAAAAGAAAACCUAAUAAUAGUAUUUGUCCAUUACUGAGGCAGGAUACUUGGCUAGCAGGACCAUUGCUCUGACCUAGUAUGACUGGCCUUAUCAUAGAAUCAAAGAAUAUCAGGGUUAGAAGGGACCUCAGGAGGUCAUCUAGUCCAACCCCCUGCUCAAAGCAGGACCAGUCCCCAACUAAAUCAUCCCAGCCAGGGCUUUGUCCAGCCUGACCUUAAAAACGUCUAUGGAAGGAGAUUCCACCACCUCCCAGUCUACACCCCCUAUCUGGUCUCCUGCAUGUUCCCACCCCCCUUACUUCAGGGGUGACUUGGGGAAGAACAGGUGUUACCUAGCAGCUCUGUUCUUGCUGAACCAGGGCGCAGUACCCAGACUGUCUGGCUCAUGAAAGACACCCCCUCCUGCCUUAUAGAAUAUUCGGGUUGGAAGAGACCUCAGGAAGUCAU